UGAGGACAUUGGCGGGCCUGAUCAGCAGUAUCUGGGGCUGGCGGUGUUCCCGCAAGACAUCGACCGACUCUUCCGUUCCAGAGCUUAUUCGAGUCUACGACGGCUAUGGCGCCAGCGUCGUGAUGCCCGGCUUCCUGCUGCAGAGCAUGGACUUUGCCGUGGAGAGGCGACAGCGCGGGGAGAGGGGCCUCCACGGCCGGGUCGCCGUCACGAACGUCUCCAUUCAGGAGAUCCACCUCAAGAAGAGCACAACGUACCUGCCGCACAUCGCAAUCCUCCUGAAGCUGCGGUGGCUGCUGCGCCUGCACUCCGCCUGCUCGGAGCUGAACUACAAGGUCCUCGCGACCAAGCAGCUGGUGCUGCACCUGCAGCACCUCAUCCUGCAGGAGAAGACGGAGGCGAUGGCGGACUCCAUGUUCCAGACGAAGUACUCCAGCCACGUGGGUUCGCAUCUCAGCCUGAACGCGGUGUUGGAGGACAUCUUCGACCAGCUGAAGGGAUCGUUGGGCGGCUCCUGGAAGGGCUUCUGCGAGUUCGUUGCCUCUUGUAGCCCCAGGUUUGCGCUGGCCAUCUCCGACAUGGACGGCGGGUGGAAGCACGGCAACACGGCGCAGCACAAGGUAGUGGAGAACGACAGUUUGGCCAUGACCAUCGACACCAUCUUCCUCACGAACUUCUUGAGGCAGCGGCGCGACGAGGAGGGCGGCCUGCAGGGCCUCCUGAAGGACAUGGAGAGCCUCGGCAUCCCCCCGCUCCAGCUGCCCACAAUGCAGGGCGCGCGCAACCUCCUGAACUACGGCAUGCAGCACCUCGGGCUCCUGUCCGCGGAUCAGCGCGCUGCGCUGAGGAGCAUCGGGCAGAAGUCGUUGGAGAAGCAGGCCCAGUGCGACGCCGUGAUGCUGUGCGCGGAGCUGGAGCUGCAGUCGUACGAGGUGGUCGCGUCCGGCUGGGAUGACGAUGACGGGUCGUCCGACGACUCGGGCGAGAAUGACUUGACGCCGAUGGACCGCGCGCCGACGCUCGCGAGUAUGCGCAGCAUGGUGGCCACCCCGGACGGCAAGGUCGCGAGGGCGGUGUUCGUGGAGAAGCCCGAGGUGAAGUCCAGAAUUUUCAAGGCCGCGAUCCUGGCGCUUCGCUUCUACAACAUAUUCCCGAAGGGCAUCCGUGACCGCCUGUGGCAGAUCCUCGCCGAGGACUACAACCUAACCGCCAAGCAGACCCGCGAGCUGCAGAAGGCGCCUGGUCUCGAGACAGACGGCAAGCGUCUGACCCAGAUGCAGCUCAACGACGUGGAGGACAGGGAGAAGGCGCGGCUUCACCAGUUCAUGGUCGACUUUGGCAGGAACACGUCUCACUGCCUCAUGCCGCCGCUGGUUCAGAGCCCGUCGCAGGCAGGGAGGUCGCCCGAGUACACCAAUUGGAAGGAGAAGCAGCUGAUGACGCAGUCCCUGCCCAGCCUGCGGCCUGCGAGCAGCCGCGACGCCAGCCCGAGGCCGCCGUGGAAGACGUGGAAGGGCAGCCCGCUGACCGUGGACAGCCGCACGGGGCAGUUCAAGGUCUCAGGCUACUUCGAGAAGUUGGCUCCUCUCAGGCAACCUGGUUAGGCUUCUGAAGGCACCUUUUCACGCGCUCGUCUGGCUUUGUGCUCCCGUUGCUCUUCUCAGUGUCCGUGGGGCUGAAACUUGAAGCCCCCCGGGGUUUUCCAUUGUUGCGACCCGUUGGUCCUGUAUCAAACAUUCUGCGUGCCCUUGCAUUCGAGAGUGAAUCGCCAUCGACGACGCUCUCUCGAAAGCAGCGGCACACCGCUUGCAAUACAGCGACGCUUGAGCUCCCUAAGGGAUGCAAUGUUCGCGCUUGCAGGUUUAUCUAUCCAUUGUGGCCCGCUCGUUCAUGCUGCUCUUUCUUCGGAACAUGUCCGAUUGGCGGCAUCAUUUGAAGGGUCCAAGCGCGUGGCGGGGAAUGCCAUACGCAAGUGCGGUGGUCUGUCUGCCUGGCUCCCUCUGACGCUCUCUGUCCGCACUCGGCAAUCACGGUUGCUCUGCCUUCACUCUCGUGCCGUUCAGGGGAGCUGCGUCGGGGGAUUUUGAGGCGAUGCUGAAGGCAUGCCGCCCAGCCGCAGCCAGCUUUUUGCACACGUCGCCGGCGCGCCGCCCAGAGGCAAGAGGGCGCAUGAAGGCGCCUCGGUCGCUGCUCGGUCGUUGGAGCGCGUGGCUGCGCACUCAGAAAA